AUGUUUCUAAGUGUCAUCUAUCUAGAAUGUACGGUCAGCAGUAGCACUGUAACACUAAGAAUCUUCUACUUGAGAUCAUAUUCGCCCAGCAGGACAGCGACGAAUAUCAAAAACUUGCGCCCAGAUCUCUUUUCGGAAGUGUACCACUUCAGCAUCGGAACCGGCUCCCUACAGAGAUUGGAGGAAAGGGAUGCGCGUUCCUACUCUGAUAUUCGGCUACUUGUUGGUUCCAGUACAUGGGACUAUUGCCAAGGUUCACACUUUACGAUACCCUUCAUCGGUGUCGCUAUCUUUGGGUUCGGAUCAAUAACAAAUUUGUGGCGACCUAAGGUCACAAAACGUGUAAUUAUGACAGCCGGGAGCUCAAGCGCGAUUACCACACUUCAGCCAGCAAACUUAUCAACACAUCGACAAGACGUUGAGGAGGGAAAUCGCGCGCUCUUCCCACAUCACUGCCUCUCUUCUGCAGUACAGAAGUGGCGAGGUGGGCAACUAUACCACCUUUUGGGAGACUACGGUACAAUCCUGGUCAUCCGUGAAGUAUUCUGGCACGUGCAGUUUUUCUCCACUUGA